CUUUUUAGAUACUGGGAGAGCACUGGAUAACUUGCCUCUAUCAGAUGAGCUGAAACAUCUGGAGCCACACCUUGCCCAUCCAACCAUUUCUGAAUGGGAGAUGGAGAGUGUCCCCCAAGCAAAUAAUAUUGUUAUGAAGCUUCUUGACCACAGUGGGGAAUUUAAAGAGAGCGUAACAAUGGAUGUGUGGCCUUCUGAGCAGCAUUUCGGAACGGGAGAUGAGAUGGCUUUGCCGGAGAAUACCAGCAACAAAGCAAAAGUCACCGGUUCCAGUAGGGCUUCAGCUAUUAUAGAAAAUAAACAAAUGACAAAACAGAAGAAACGCGAAUUGAAGGCGAUUGGAUCUGUGUCAAAAGAGGAAAAGAGACCCAAGAAAGAAGGACACAGAAGUCAGGUGUUUGUUGUAGUGAAACCAAGGCCGAAAAAGGCUGCCAGGAAGACAGGGGCUUAUUUCAAAGAGAAGCUAGGAGGUGUCAAAGGAUCAGAAACUGCUGAUGAACCCAACCAAGGGGAAGGAAAAAGCGAAGGAGAUGCUGACAUGGACCAGUUUGAUCCUUUUGUAGAAGAAGAAGGGGGAGGAAGAGGAGGAGAAAAAGUAAUAGAGGAUGAUGAAGAAGAAGGAGGUGAAAGAGAUGGCAAUCAUUUAGGAAGCCCCCCUGGCCAAAGCCGUUCUCCUUCCAGCCCUAUCAAAGAGGCAGCUCCCUUGGUACUUGAGGAGAGCCAGCCAGUUUCAGAAGAUGCUGGCCGUCCUCCUGGGUCCCGCAACAGUCCUGGCAAAGAGCCACCAACUGUUCUUCAUCCACCAGGCGUCCUCAAUCCAGAUGGCUCCCAGGCUGAUGUUGUUCAGGAGAAUCUCUCUGCAAAGAAAGAAGAAGCAAAACGAUCUCGAGAGAGGAUGAUAGCAGAAAGGGCAGAGAAAAGACGGCUGGCGGUAGAGAGGAAACGUCGGGAGCAGGAACAGUUGAAGCGUCAAGAGCAAGAGCAGCAAGAGCGGAUGGAGAGGAUGAAAGAAGAGAUGGAGCAGGAGCAGCAGAGGAGAAUCGAGGAGAUGCGUUUAAGAAAACAGCUGCUAGAAGAAGAACGCCAGCGCCUGGAGGAGGAGGCAGAAAGGAGGCGACAAGCUGAAAAGGCAGCCCAAGAACGUAUGCGGCAGCAGGAGGAGGAACACCGAAGGAAAAUUCUGGAAAUGCAGAAGAAAAAACAGCAGGAGGAAAAAGAACGUGCAGAAGCAGAAAAACGUCGACAGAAAGAAAGGGAGCUGUGGUUAGAGGAGGAACGCCGGCGCUUGGCAGAGAUGGCGGAGGAACAGAGGCUGGAGUAUGAGAAACAGAAACAAGAAGAGGAGGAGAAAGUGAGACGUGAGGCUGAAGAGAGAAGGAAGAAGCACGAGGAGGCAGCGAGAAUUGCUUUAGAGGAAGCGAGGAGGCAUGCGUUGUUACUGGCAAGACAAAAGGCAGAACUGGAGAAGCAGCAGCAAUUCCAAUAUAAACUGCGUGUGGAGGCCAGCGGCCUGGAACAAAGGCAAGAAAUAUCCCGUCCGUGGGUUUAUUCUUAUUUCCAGCAUCCUUAUUUAAAGGUGGGAGAUGAUGAUUAGAGACUGAAAUUAUUACUUUUGCUGAAGAACAUGCAGCCAUGAGGCUCUAGUAGUCUCCUAUCCCAAAGCAUCAGCAUUUGUAUUGCCCUGAUCUGUUCCACUGAAUUUAGUGAACCCCACAUCAGUUUUAAAAAAAUAAUACCGUGUUCUAACUUGGCAUGUGAAAGAUUAACAGCCAGAACAGAAAGCUACUUCCAAGCCCUCUUUAUGCUAACAAACUGCAGAAGAAAUGUCCUCCAAUGAGGGGUUGGACAGCUGUGCAUCUUGAGUCCUAUUGCUUGGACAGAACUGAAGCUUGCAAAUUUUCCAGUCUCCAAAGAAGAUGCAGGUCAACUAUACUCCUGUCUUCUGAAAGAGAGAUGGCAAAGAAGCUUUUAGUUAAGAGAAACUCUUAACAGAUAAUCCUGUUGGGUUCUGAAACAGCUGUGGAGGCUGCCACUGGGAAGGCUUUACAGUAGUACCUCGUGCCCUUGAGGGAUCAGUUCUACAAACUAGUGCAGAUGCCUGAAACGGCGGAUACAAGGGAAUCCUAUGUACAUCAUACAAGGGGGCAGGACAAAGGCCACUAGGGGGCACCCAUGUAUGUUGUAUAUAGGGCUGUGGCAAACUGUAGAUAUUGAUCCAACAGAUAUGGCGGUCCUACUGUAUAUCCCGUAUCCUCCCUAUCUCAUGCUUUGCUUUGGCUUUUUCCUGGCAAAUAAAAAAUCCUCCCCAUGAUUCUUGAAGAGGCGGCAAGUCUGCAUGAAUCAGGCCAGCAUGCACGCACACCCUCAAAAUCAUAGUGGAAACUAUUUGCCAGCUA